AUGAAGCGCAACGUCUUGGCCGUUAUGGCCAUUGUCAACGGUCUUGCCCAGGCCAACCGCUUCUCCUGGCAGAGCGAGGCCGAGACCGAUGUUGCCAAGCAUGGUCACGACUAUGAGCACAAGUCAAACGAUGUUUACAAGGCAAAGGAGGACCCGCAGUCCGUCGAAUCCCUUGAUGAUGAUUGGGACGAUGAAAAGGAGGAAGAGAAGAAGCAGUCGGAGUUGGACUACGAGAAGCUCAAGCUCCUGAAGGAGAAGUUGCGUGCGGAGAAAGAGAAAUCCGAGGUCAAGGAAAAGGAGAAGGAGUACGAACACGACAAGAACAAGUAUCACGACUACAACUCUGAUCUCAAAUCCCACAAGACUUAUGAUCACUACAAGCCCACUAUCACAGGACAUCACAAACACCAUGGCGAUCACUAUGAUGUCUACGAUUACAAGAAACCCAUCAUUGUUGAUGGCAAGAAGUAUGACUACGUGCACAAGCCUAUCACGAAGCAUCAUACCUACACCAAGAUCCAUGAGCCCGAGGUCAAGCCCGGGUGCUAUGGUGACAGGUGUGAUCGUAAGCCUUGCAACAAGUGUGGUGAUAACUGGGCCCAGCCCGGCUGCUGGCACUGCAAGAGCCACGAGGGCGAGAGCGAGGUGACCAAGACCACCAAGUAUGCUCCUGAGAAGACCGAUGACAAGUACCAAGGUGCCAAGACAUACACGCACAAGGGUGUGACUGUCAUUGUCCCCAAGGAGACCAAGGCUCCUGAGGCUCCCAAGAUCGAGAAGCCUAAGGAGCAGCCCAAGAAGGAGGAGAAGUACGAGGAUAUUUGCCGCAAGGUCACCAAGGGUCACGGCGAGCACAAGCAUGAGGAGACUAUCUGCGACAGGGUCAAGCACCACAAGGGAGAACACCACAAGGUCUACGUUGAGCCCAAGAAGGAAGAAAAGUACGAGGAUAUCUGCCGCAAGGUUACCAAGGGCCAUGGAGAGCACAAGUACGAAGAGACUGUCUGUGACAGAAUCAAGCACCACAAGGAGGAGAAGCCCAAGAAAGAGCACAAGUACGAGGACAUCUGCCGCAAGGUCACCAAGGGUCACGGAGAACACAAGCAUGAGGAGACUAUCUGCGACAGGGUCAAGUACCAGAAGGAGGAACACCCCAAGGUCUAUGUUGAGCCCAAGAAGGAGGACAUUUGCGACAAGAUCAAGGGUUGUCCUGCUCCUGCUCCUGCUCCUCAGCCUCAUUAUCCCAAGGUCGAACCUGUUCCUGCUCCUGCUCCUCAGCCCUAUUAUCCCAAGAAGGAGGAUAUCUGCGACAAGAUCAAGGGCUGCCCUGCCCCUGCCCCUGCUCCAGCUCCAGCUCCUGCUCCAGCUCCAGCUCCCCAUUACCCCAAGCUCGAGCCUGGUCCUAUUCCCGCUCCUCGGCCCAAGCCUGAGGAGAUCAAACCAGUUCCUGUUCCUGCUCCUGUUCCCGUGAACCCCGAGCAGAUUUCGCCCGAGGGCAAGGGCUCUGAGGAGGCUCCCCGAGUCCCCUUGACCGUUUCCAAGUCCGGUGCCAACUUCAACACCAUCUCCAUUGCUGGCACCAUUGUUGUCGGCAUUGUCAGUGUUAUGCUCCUUUGA